CACCAAUGUUGCCUCUUCGACACCUGCUGCGAUCUCGUCCCUACAUUUAUAAUCGAUGUGUGCGAACACAAUGUGGUCGGCUGCCUGGAGCGCGGCGUUCGAUAUGGGCGGCUUCCAAUGCAAACCAGGAGGAGCUGUGGGGGGAGCAGGCGCGGAAGAUUAGGUCAGGAGCACAACAGAGCAUGUUGGAUAUAUUGGAAGAGCGAGGAUUUGUCAAAGAUGUUGCCGGUGGCCGUAAAGCUCUUGACUGGCUGUUGACUGAGAAACCUAUAGGCGCAUACGUCGGAGUCGACCCCACGGCCCCUUCGCUGCACGUCGGACACCUCCUUCCUCUCAUGGUAUUAUACUGGAUGUAUCUGCAUGGCUUUUAUACAAUCACCUUGCUCGGCGGUGGCACUGUGCAGAUUGGGGAUCCUUCCGGGAGAACGAGCGCUCGAACACGACAGUCGAAGGAGGCACAGGAUAUGAAUUGCAUAAAUAUGCGAGCGCAGCUCAAGAAGCUCUGGAUCAACGUAAAGGCGCUUGGCAUCAAACACAAGUACUCGGAGAAGACUAGCAGGAGGCGAGACGUCAUGAACAACAUCGUUUGGCUAAACAGCCUUGGCGCUGUACGUUUGAUUCAAGACGUAGGCUCUGGCAUGAGACUAGGGUCAAUGCUCAAUCGUGACUCCGUCAGGGUGCGCAUGGAAAGUGGGGACGGUAUGGCCCUGUCCGAAUUCUGCUACCCUCUCUUUCAAGCGUACGAUUGGUGGAAGCUGUAUACUAGAUACGGCGUCCAACUGCAAGUGGGCGGUUCAGAUCAAUACGGGAAUAUCUGUGCAGGAAUGGAUGCUGUGCACCAUAUGCAGAAGCUCUACCAGGGAGAGAGCCAUGCUAAAACCGAAAACCACCCUUUGACCGCGACCUUUGGGCUCACAACACCACUGUUGACGACUGCAUCUGGCGAGAAAUUCGGCAAGAGCGCUGGAAAUGCGGUCUGGCUGGACAGGCAAAUGAUGAGCUCAUUCGAUCUUUACCAGUGCUUCUUACGUACCGCGGACGAUGACGUUGAGCGAUAUCUGAAGCUUUUCACCUUUAUACCCCUUGAUCACAUCGGGUAUGUCAUGGAGCAUCAGAGACAGGAUCCUUCAAAGCGCCGUGCUCAGCAUCUGCUUGCGAAAGAAAUCGUCGAGCUUGCUCAUGGUGCUAGGCUUGCGGUGGAGGCUGAGAUGGCGCACAAAGAAGCUUUCACUCAUGGGACCAAUCUCUUCUCUCUCGGUGUUUUGAGACGCUCGCUGCAAGACUUCUCAAGUUCCAAGUCUAGGGAACCGCAGCCCACCAAUCCUUGGGAAGAGGAAUCCAAACAACUCCGCGCUUACAAGAGAAAGUUCGCUGCAUCAUUGGUGGCUCAAACGCCUGCCGCAGCCACACCUAAUUCAACUACAAGCGACGCGUCUAAGGAAAUUGUAGUCCUACCGCGGACACUUCUCCAACUUGGAUCGUUUGCUCAGGUAUUGCGUGCGGUAGGUCUGGUGUCCUCGAACAGCGAGGGUCACCGAUUGGUUCAGAAUCAAGGUGCCUAUGUAGUACGGCCCAAUUCUGGUUCGAUUGAGAACCCUAACGGUCUGAAAUGGGAACCUGUUGUUCCUCAUGCAAAUCCGUCGCACUAUCUCAUCGAUUUUGAGGCACUCGUACUGAGGGCCGGCAAGUCGAAGAUUAAAAUCUGCCAUGUUGUUAACGACGAGGUUUUCGAAGCAGACGGGCAGUCCUGUCCAGGCUGGGAGGAGAUCAAAGCGAAACGGGCCGAGUCUGAGUCCAACUCUAGAAAGGAACCACAACAGUAAG